AUGGCGAGCCAGCAGCCGUCGGUUCCGUGCAUCUCGCGGUCGCCACCCGAGCAGCCGCUUCAGGUGAAGGUGGUGGGGCUUUUCAAGAGCUCCAGCUUUCAGAUCGCGAAGAGCGCCGCUGAGAGUCUGAAGAGUAAUUAUCCAUCCAAAUUUGAAGAUCCUAUAAUAAUUCCUGUACAAGAAUUUGCAUGGCAUCAGUAUCUACAAGAGAAAAAAAGGGAACUUAAAAAUGAAGUCUGGGAAUAUUCUUCUUAUGUGAUGUGUUUUAUUAAUGAUGAGCUCCUGGGUGAUGCACUUGAUCUACAGAAAUGGGCCCACAAAGUGUGGGAUAUAGUUGAUUUUAAGCCUCCUGCACUUUACGAAGCACUUACUGUGGAUUAUUCUGCAAAAUUCUUAAGAGACACCAAGCAUAAUUUUGUGUUCUUGGACAUUUCUAUUGAUCUUUAUCCAAUUGGAAGAUUGAUUUUUGAGCUAUAUUCUGAUACAUGUCCCAAAACAUGUAAAAAUUUUCAGAUCUUGUGCACAGGAAAAGCAGGGUUUUCCCAAAGUGGCAUCAAGCUACAUUACACAGGUUCCAUUUUCCAUCGAGUGGUACGGAAUGGCUGGGUACAAGGAGGAGAUAUAGUUGCUGGAAAAGGAGAUAAUGGAGAGUCAAUUUAUGGACCAACAUUUGAAGAUGAAAACUUCUCAGUUCCUCAUAAUAAAAGGGGAGUUCUUGGAAUGGUCAACAAAGGCCAUCACAGCAAUGGGUCACAAUUCUAUAUCACACUACAGGCUACUCCGUAUCUAGAUAAAAAAUAUGUGGCUUUUGGGCAACUGAUUGAAGGAACAGAUGUUCUUCAUCAACUAGAAUCGGUUCCAACAGAGAAUGAAAGACCAAUACAAAAUUGUGUAAUUACUGACAGUGGAGAGCUUUAUGCCUGA